AUCAAUAGACUGUUUUUCUCUCUCGAAAUAAAGAGCUACAUUAUUAAAACCUGGAGGAUUGACGGCUAAAAUUGAAAGUUGAGUAAAAUUUGUUCUUUAAAAAUGUCAAAAGAGGAUGCAGCUGAUGGGAAAAAGAAGCGACUUCUUAAAGCAGAGGUAGUAUCAAACGUUUUGGGGAUAAGUGAACCCAAGAAACAUAAGCCCGAUGCUUCGUUAGUAAAGGUAAGCUUGCCUCAUUUAUCUCUAUUGCCAUUAUCACCAGCUUUUAAACUUAAACUCCGCAAGAAGAAAUAGAAAACAAUAAAUAAAUAAAUAAGUUUUGCAUAAUUAAAACAAAGUGUCUACAUGUCUGGCGACCGGAUGAAUAAUUCUCGAGAUAUUCGUCCGGCAACCAGGUCACAUGACUGCCAUUACAAAGUUGGGCGAGAUAUCUGUCCGCCAGCCUUGUCACAGGACCGUUAAUAGUCGAUCAUAAAAUUGGUGCCGGGGAUGCAUGGGGGGGCGAAGAUGCGUGGGGGGAGGGAAGCAAUGCAUCCUAGAAGGAAAAAAUACUGAGAGCGAGAGAGAAAGGAUAAAUAUGAUAGUGGAGUUGAUAAAUAAUUCAGGCGGGGAGGUCGAAAGUUCACAAAGAAAUGGACCCUACAUCUUAAUAUAGGGCCAAUAUAGUUCGCUGUUGGGAUAGCCUACUUCUCACGCAAUAUUAAUAGCCUAAAAUAAAACUAUUUUGACAGUAGAUCUAUUGAGUAUUGGCAGUCAACUGGCAAGUAUUGGUCUUAUUUUCUUUGAUUCAUAUUUUAAAUUUAGACUACUAGGUAGAGCUUUAUAAGAUAUUUAAACCAAGAUAAUGGACUUUUUAUUUUGCCAGCGACUUCUUGUCACAUUAUUUCUGCUGGAAUAAUAACACAUACUUGUCGUCCGGUGGUCACGUGACAUGCCUGCCGGAAGAAUAUCUCGCACACUAUUUGUCUGGUCCGUAGACACUGCCUUAUUAAAAAUAAUUAUUUAUUUCUCAAAAUCCAGGAUUUGUGUUUUAGAAUGAACCUAGAAGUAAUUUAAAUAAAUGUGUUUUAAUUUGAGGUUCAAAAACCCGGUAGAGUCCAUAUUAUAAAUGAUCAUUUGCUGAGUGCAAAGUGUUGUCAUGGGCAACCAUUCACGGUCACUUGCAUAAUGGCUAUGCUAUGGUACUACUACAGAGUUUCAUUCAUAAGAGUUUGCUGUGUGCAAAAACUGUUAAACUAUUGGUUAAGGAAAGCUUUAAUUAAAUAGUCAUGUGCCAAAGUUGAAAGUUCAAAAUAAGUAGUCCCUAAAUGGUAUUUUAGUAAUGAUGGGAUGUGUUGCCUUAUACUAUAUAGUCAUUGCUCAUGAUGCCAUCAGCGGAAUGAGGUCACAAAAUGUAGAGGCUUCGUCCAUAGUAGAAAAUACCCAAUGAACUCGCAUGUUAAAAAAUUUGUAGCUCAAAAAGUUCCUGAAGCUAAAAUGUUGAUUCUAGUUUCAUUAUUUUACUUGAAAUUGGCUCUAAAUAACUGUAAUUUAUUUUAAUAAUUUUUUUUUUUCUGAAGUAACUACAUUUAUUAAUGCACAUCAUGUACAUAAUUCUACAACAGACUGCGAACCCUGGUCCAAAGGUGUCCUAAGAGCAAUAUGGUUAUACUCAUGGGCGACCUAAAUGCGAAAAUAGGCAGCAACAAUAAAGGCUAUGAAGAAUGCAUGGGAACACAUGGUAUGGGAGAGAUGAAUGAAAAUGGUGAAAGACUAGCAGAUCUAUGUGCUACAAUUGGACUAGUCAUCGGAGGAAGCCUCUUCAUGCAUAGAAAUAUCCACAAGGCCACAUGGAUUUCACCAGAUAUGUCAACGGCUAACCAAAUUGACCAUUUCUGUAUUUGCAAUAAGUUUAGACGGUCGCUCCAAGAUGUUAGGGUAAAAAGAGGGGCAGAUGUAGCCUCAGACCAUCAUCUAAUUAUUGCCAAAUUAAGGCUGAAACUGAAAAAGAACUGGACAAGCGAGGGAAGCAAGCGCCAACAUUUUAACAUCAACCUCUUGAAAGAUGAGUCCAAGCUAAAGGAGUUUAAACUUACCAUCUCCAAUAAGUUCCAGAUCUUACAGGAACUAGGCAAUGAAGAAACAAUUGACAAAAACUGGAAAGAAAUCAAAGAGAUAUUCACGACUACCUGUGAAGAAGUGUUGGGCCCUAGGCAACAAACGCAUAAAGAAUGGAUUUCGGCUGAAACCAUGGAAAAAAUCCAAUAUAGGAGAAAGAAGAAGGCAAAUCUAAACAAUAGCCGCACCAGAACCGAAAAGGCCAGAGCAUCAACAGAAUACUCAGAAGCAAAUAAAGAAGUUAAACGUAGUAUAAGGACAGAUAAAAAGAACUACAUAGAAGGAUUAGCAAGUGAAGCAGAGGAGGCUGCGUACCAUGGAAACACAAGAGAAUUAUUCAGUACAAUCAAAAAGUUAUCUGGAAAGUUCAACAAUCCAGUGAGACCAGUUAAAACUAAAGAUGGGAAAUCAAUACCUGAUGAAGAGGGUCAGAAAAAAAGAUGGAUAGAACAUUUUGAAGAACUCCUCAACCGGCCAGCACCACAACACACACUCAACAUAGAGCCAGCGGAAAAAGAUCUAGAAAUAGAGUGCAGCACACCCACAAAGCAAGAAAUAUGCAGAGCAAUUAAACAACUAAAGAAAGGCAAGGCGGCAGGUCCUGACAGAAUACCGACAGAAGCCUUGACAGCAGAUAUUACGUCUAGCACUGAAAUGCUACACACACUAUUCAAGAAAAUAUGGGAGGAGGAACAGAUACCGGCUGAAUGGAAAGAAGGACACCUCGUUAAGCUCCCGAAGAAAGGAGACCUUAGUUCUUGUUCUAACUAUAGGGGAAUAACCCUGCUGUCGAUCCCAAGCAAAGUAUUCAACAGAAUGCUGCUAAACAGAAUGAGGGAGGCAAUAGACAUCAAUCUUAGGGACCAACAAGCAGGGUUCAGAAAAGACAGAUCCUGCACAGACCAGAUUGCCACACUGAGAAUUAUUGUGGAACAAUCUCUGGAGUGGAACUCGUCACUAUACGUCAACUUCAUUGACUAUGAGAAGGCUUUUGACAGUGUCGACAGACAGACUCUGUGGAAGCUGCUUAGACACUACGGGGUACCACAAAAAUUGACAGACAUAAUUAAGGCUUCUUACGAAGGACUAUCGUGCAGAAUUGUCCACGGCCAGCAAACAACGGCGGCUUUUGAGGUACAGACCGGUGUCAGACAGGGGUGUCUGCUCUCGCCUUUCCUAUUCCUGCUGACCAUUGAUUGGAUAAUGAAAAUGUCUACAGAGCAGAAGAGAAAUGGUAUUCAGUGGACACUAUGGAAACAACUUGAUGACCUGGAUUUUGCGGAUGAUCUGGCCCUAGUAUCACACACACAGCAACAGAUGCAAGAGAAAACCAAUUAUGUAGCACAGUACUCUGCUUGCAUCGGCCUGAACAUCCACAGAGGAAAAAGCAAAGUCCUUAAAAUAAAUACAUCAAGCAACACACCUAUAGCACUGGAAGGAACAAACCUUGAGGAGGUGGAUAGCUUUACAUACCUCGGCAGCAUCAUUGACAUACAAGGAGGGACAGACGCCGACAUAAGAGUGAGAGUUGGUAAGGCAAGAGCGGCAUUUAACCAGCUAAAAAAGGUCUGGAGCUGCAGCAAUUUGACCCUCCAGACCAAGGUCAAGGUAUUCAACACCACAGUGAAACCUGUCUUGCUAUAUGGGGCAGAAACAUGGCGAACAACAGCAGCUGGUUCAAAAAAGCUACAGACCUUUAUCAACUCAUGUCUCCGAACGAUUUUACGAAUCCGCUGGCCCACCGUCAUCACCAACGAGGAUCUCUGGCGGCGCACACAACAAGAACCAGUGGAAGAGUUAAUCUGCCAGCGCAGAUGGAGAUGGAUUGGCCACACCCUCAGAAAGCCCGCAUCAAGUAUCACGAGACAAGCCCUGACUUGGAACCCCCAGGGUAAGAGAAAAAGAGGUCGACCCAAAACAACUUGGAGAAGGGAACUGGAGGCAGACAUCAAAAAGAGUGGGCACAACUGGGGACAGUUGGAGAGACUUGCCCAAGACCGGGAUGCCUGGAGAGCCUUUGUUUGUGGCCUAUGCCCCAGACGGGACGACAGGCGAUGAUGAUGAUGAUGAGUAUAUCAUUGCCACCAUAUUGGUUUUCGUUUAUCUCGAUCAUCGGUUAUUUCGGCGCAUUUUGGCAAAUCCCUAGACCGUUGACUUAACCGGGUUCUACUGUAGUAGGCAUAGCCAUAGUCCGUCGGUCAUAGCAUAGUCAUAACCUUGCCUAUUAAGUGAAGUUGUUUUUAAGAAAGAAAGAACAAAUAAAUAUGCAUAAUCUCAAGUGUUUCUUAUUAUGACUAAUCUGCAGGCUCAGGAGAUUCGGAAUAUUGCUUCUGAAGAAGAGGAAGCAAUGGAAAGAGACCCUCAGUUAGAUCUCAAUUUGUUUCAAGCAUCUUGUAAUUUUCUUAAAAGUGCUAUACGGGAUGUGAAGAACCUAAAGGCCAAUAAAACGGAUGUGAGUUGUUUCUUAUUAUAAAAAUACUAUUCAGCAUUGUGAUUACAAUAUUAAAAGCAUUUUUAAAAGUGUUGCAUUUCAUGAUGAUUUAUAUUGGAAUGUUCUGAAAGAAGUCGUUGUUAUAUGUAGGCUUAAAGUGAAUCACAUUGCUUGGCAUCUUGCUCUUAUUUUUUUUUUAUUUUACAAAAAGAUAUUAAUAAUAUUAAUUAUGAUAUAUUUUUAUACUUUUAACACUUAUUUAUACAGGCUACGUCAGAAAUUAAUUCCAUUCGCACAGAUGCCACCAUUCAUUUCAUACACAUGAAGAAAUUGAAUAGGCUGGCUCAUUUCCGCUGUCGGAAGGUCAGAGAGAAUACAAAUGAGGUUUGUAAAAAGAAAUGUGUAAAAAAUAAUAAUAUUAUUAUGGUACUUCAAAUAUAUCUCUCAAUGUACUUUUAAGUUCAAUAACAUAUUAACCUGUGCUAUUACCUGUCUGUUCUAAUAAACCAUUCCAGCAAUAAUAUUAACAUUUUUGAAGAAGAUAUUAAAAAAAAUUAUUGUAAAUUCUAAGCACAGAAGACUUAUUGAUGAUAAUCAAAUUCAACUGCCAAUAGUACAUAAAAAAAUGUAUCAAUGUUUUUAAUUAAAAAUAAUUUCUACCACAGGCCAAGCACAAAAUUGAUCAGUGUCAUCUACAGCUUCAAAAUUUACUGUAUGAAGCUAUGCACUUAGAGAAAGAAAUCACAAAAUGUAUGGAAUUCAAGUUAGUAAAAUUUCUGCUCAGAUGUUACUUUUUUUAAAAUAAAGCAAUGUCUUUUGCAGCCUAAAUAACCCAAACAGUUUUACAUGACAUAGCUGUUUGCAAAAUUUUUAAAAGCUGUAAAACCUUUCUUCAAGUGUUCAAGCUAGUAUGUUGUAAUUAUUUGUUGUUUUAUUUUUACUUUAGAUCUAAAGAUGAAGAAAUUGAGCUGGUACCUGUGGAAGAGUUUUACUUAAAUGCUCCAGAGAACAUUUCAAAUCCUGUAAAUAUGCUAGUGUUUAUUCUGUUAUGAUUUCAUGAUGUGAAUUUUGUUUACUCAGAAACACACAAAAAAUCUAUUUUUUAAACUUAAUAAUUUAAGCUUAAACAAUUUUUAAGCCGUGGAAUUUUAAAUAUUUGCCAAACAAAGAAGAAGAAAAAAGGGAUUUCUUCUCAUUAAAAGCUUGAUGAAGCCAUACAUGGAUAUUACAUAAAACUAUCCAUGAAUUAUUGAUUUCGAGGUUUAAAAUCACUUUUAAAUGAAAAACACUAGAGAGUAAAUUACAGUCAAAUUUACAAAAAUAGGGUUCAUAAUUUUUUUUUUUCAAAGAUGGUUCUACGUAUUGAUCAGCCACUGUUUCUCUCUUUUCUUGUAUUAAAACUUGUAUUUUAUGUUUUACAUAAUUUUGCCUAUGUUUAACAAUUUCCUCCAAUUAUUUUAUAUAAGGGUACAACUUCAGGGGAUGCUCACUUACAGAUGUUAGCAAGGCUUGAAUGGGAAUUGGAACAAAGAAAACAGUGAGUAUCUUUUUAUUUAAGUACUCGGUACCCAAAAUAUUGAAAAUAUGCAAAAUAAAAUACACUGUGUUUUACUUUUUGGUCAUUAUCUUGUAUAACGGCUGUAUUCAAAACAUGUAUAAUGGUGCCGGUACUUAUUUAGUUUUUUUCCUUACAAAUAGUUAAAAAAAGAAAUUUAAAUUUCCUUGUAGAAGCAAUAUUUAUUGCCAUAACAUAUUUUAGAUUGUCCACAAAGCUGACUGAGACAAAGAAGAGUAAAGAGCAGAUAAGCAAAGAAAUCCAAGCUAAACAAGAUUACCUGGAAACUCUGCAGCCAAAGUUAACAGCUAUACUACAGGUUAAAAAUGCAUUGUUAUCUAUACUGAGCAUUUUUAUAAUUCCACUUAAGAAAUGUUGUGUUUUUUUUUCAAAGACUUAAUAUUGUGAUUAUCUCUUACAAGGUUAAGCAGUUUAUAAACUUCUUUUUUUUUUAAAGUUUAAUCUAGUGGUUGGUAUUUUUUUUAAUGUUACGCAAAGACAAUUAAAGUUUUUUUCCAGAUUUUAUAUUGAUACUAAAUUGACUUACAAUAGAAAUGUAAAAAAAAAUUCGGAUGAAAUAUCUAUUGUAAAAUUUAUUAUAUUUUAUUUUUUUGUCCAGGCCACUCGCCCUGUUCAAGAUUAUUUGUCUAUGCCCUAUGAUGCCAUCAAGGAGGAGCAACAAACUGCUCAACAUCUGCCUGUCCCCCUUUAUGUCUUGUACAUGCAGACUUCAGCAUACAAAGAUGCCUGUGGUUAGUUUAUUCUUCUUCAUAUUUAAUGAUCGCUCUAGUUCAAGCAACCUGCCUAAUAUUUUUCCGUUAUAUUUUGGCUUGAAGUCUGCUCAUUUCUGGCUUAAAAGCCCCUUAAUGAUGCUCCUGAUACAGGUGUUGUUACUUUAUUCACAGAGAACACUAUUUACUAAUGAUACAUGAUACUUAAGUUUUCAUGGUGGUCAGUUAUGUUGAGAUGCUGUUUUUUAAAUUUUUAAAUGCACAGAAUGCUUUCCAUUACUGUAAAAUUGCUAUAAGUUGAGCGUUGUCAUUUAAUCUUUGUAAAAUUUAUUUUAAACAUUUAUCAGAUACUUUUGAAAAUAUCUUAUCUUCAGACAAGUGUCUUAAAGUAUCAAUCACCGGAGAUGUUGAUGCAUCUAAAUCUUUAUCAACAUGGACUUUUGAGCCUGGUGGGUACUUUAUUCAUAAUAAAAUGUUUAAAUUAGUAAUAGAUUUGACAUAACUAAAAAUGCAUUGAGGGUAAAAUUCAAUACCAUUUUUGAGUUUAUACGUCCAUAUAGGUUUUCUCCUUUUUUUACCAAAAAUUUUGAUAAAUAUCACGAGUGUGACCUAUCCACUGGACAUGAGUUUUGCUUGCUAUUAUUCUUUGUAGAAUAGUCAUUUAUACAAAAAGUUGGAGAAUUGCUUUUUUCCUUGCUUACGCUCGAGCAGACAAUCAGUUUUUUUUUAAUGUUAUUAGAGAUGACAUAGUUUAUGAUGAUGGCUUGUCAGUUUUCAAGUUGUUAUGGAAGUAUAAACCAUAGUCUAAUUUGAUGGCAAUAAAACUUUACCCACAUUUUUAUACUGAUCAUGCAAUGUGGUUAAAAUUUUGAAAGUUUUAUACAUGAAAUAGAAAUUUGCAAAUUAGAAUGAAUCAAGCUCCUUAAGAUGCCCAGAAUUGAUUUUAUUGACACAUUUUUGUCUGGUUCUAACAAUAGUCAACCUUUACAAACUUAGCCAUAAGGCAAUUGUUAAUAAUCUUUUUAUGAGAGAUUCAUUUACAAUAACUUAUGAUUUGGACAAACCCAGCUGAUGCAGUUGAGAUAAAUAUUCUCACUAUUUUUUUUUUGUACACAACAUUAAGAUACAUGCUGUUUUUAAUAAUAAUAGCUUUAUUUUAAAAAAUGUAUGAUUUUAGUUAUUAAUUCAAGUUUUUUAAGUAAAGGCGUUAAGCAACACCAAUAGUUUGAUAUUGCAAAUAGCAAUCACUCCCAAGUUGAAAUUAAAUCAAUAGAAAUAUGGAAAUACAUAAGUCAUUAUGCUAAUAGACAAAAUAUUUCAUUCUUCGCCGACAUCAGAUGAUGAAUCUGACAGUGACCAGGAAGAUCAGGAGAAACAAGAUACAGUAAGUCAGCUAACAUGUCCCAUUGAUCAUAUUCUGUCUAUAUAAUUGUGAAUGUACACCAUUAACACAUUUUUCAAUUAAAAAGAGGAAAGAUUUUUAAUAAAGAGUUAUAUGUAACUAUUCUUUCUAUGAGGUGACACACUGGUUGUCCUAGCAUAUUUUAUGUUUAUUAGUAUGUAAAGGCAAUAUAUUAUUAUAUGAGAUCUGAAACAAUUUAGUUGAAGAUUUUUUAAGGGCUUAAUUAAAUUAAUGGCUCAAAUUUUUCUUCAUACACUUAGUAUUAAGGACAUGUUUUUUUUAUCUUAUUCUUUUUAAAAAUUAGCUGUUAAAUAGCUGAGACCUUUGUAAACUUUCUUACAGCUCACUCACACAUGCCAAUGGCCAAGAAAUUUUUAAAACUAUUUUCAAUUUUAUCAUACAUUUUUUUCACUAAUGACAUACUUGCUUCACUAAUGACACAUUUUGUUCACUAAAGACAUAUUUGGUGAAGCUAAUUUAACUGAUGUAAAUAAAUAUCCCUGAAUUAAUUGCAAUUAAUAUUUUAAAUUUUCUUUAUAGAAACGCAGAAGAAAAACUUCUGAAGCUCGAAGUCAAGAAAAGAAAAAUAGAGUUUUAAAGAAACACCCUCUCUCUGUUAUUUUAGAGAUAUGCACAGAAGGUGACUUUAUUUUUUAGAAACUGGAGGAAAUGAGAGCUAAUUAUGUAUAAUUUAACUCUUUCGCUGUGGCGCAACUCACAGUACCUUCAUCCGCCUUGCUGAAAAGCACGGACCAACGCAAUGUUGAUUGUUUCAAUAUCAUGGUUGUUUCUUAGCUAUUUCUCGGUUAAACCUUUUAAGAGCUAUUUUUUAAUUAGACUUUUACUUAUGAGUGGUACUUCGUUGUUUAUGAGCAAAAGCAAGGUUUAUUAGUUGUCCUGAGAAACAUUGUUUUUGUUAGACUUUUCGCUGUUUUUUUUUUUCUUUAUCAAUAAAACUGUUGCUAUGGCUACCACAAGCCCUAUUGGGUUAAGUAAGUGUCCUAGGCAAUUAAUAGCUCAAAACUCUUUGGAAAUGUUUUAUACUAUUUAAGAUAAGAUAAGAUAUUUUUUUAUUGAUCCAAACAAAUGGAAAUGUUUUUUUAUUGCAUUGUCAGCACAUACAUAAAACAACUUGAACACAAGACAUCUAUAAUAAAUUAUUUCACUAGUGAAAAAACAGCCAUUCAGUGAAUUCUCUUAGCCAUAUCAGGGACUUAUUAGUUCUCAUUAAGAUUUGUGAUUUCAGGGGGAGCUUGCUGGUAAAUUUCUAUUGACAGUGAAGAUGAUUUAGAUUUAGAUCCAUCACAUAACUCCGUAGUCGUUGUUUCAGAUGAUUUGAGUUGUAUCAGUGAAGAUGAUGUAUGCCUUCAGAAAUAAGUUAAAAACAUAUAGUUCAUUCAGUUAUCUUUCAUUUGAUACCAAAUUUAGCCUUUUAAAGCAAAAAAUAAUAUUUAAAAUAUUUGUUUGAUAAACCCAACCUCUCACUCUUUAUCUCUCUUUGAAAAAAUGUACAAUAUUUUCAUUUAAAAAGUUCCGCAGCAAAAGAGUUAAUUAAAUAAUUGUAUUAAAUUAAUUUUAACUGAAAUAUAUAAAAUAUGUUAAAUGCAUACAGUACCUAUUCAAGCCAUCCUAAUUGUGGGUAUGGAGAUUCAGAUAAUCAAUCAUGUACUAUAAGUUAUAAAUAAAAUCAGUUUUUACAUGAAUAAUAAUUUAUAAGAUACUUAACUGAGAUGCACUCUUGUUUUAGUGAUGUGCUUGUCUUUUGCAAGCAUUCUUUUUGAAAGUUAGAUGCCAACAUAUAUUAACUUUGUCUCCAACAGAUGGAACUGAACUCCAGCUAACAUUCUGCUAUCUCAUAGCCCUGAACAUCAUAACUGUCAACGUCAAGUUCACCCUCAGUGAAAAGGUUGUGGCAAACUCAGUAACUGGAGGGUAAGGGAUCCAUCAUCAUUAGACUGUUCCAAGGACUAUUUGGGCAUGCCCCCCUUGGACCCAAGGCUUACUUCUCAAUUCUAUUUGACCUACAUGUGACAGGGGUUGAGUUUUCUAAAUGGAUGUCCGGUGACCUUCAUUGUCCCCUCCCCCCCACCCACCCCACCAUAUCAUCAGGAGCCUAUGCAAUAGGAUCCAACAGAAGAUGCCCUUUAGUCAAAUUGCCCUGUUAAGAUCCAUUCUUACUAUCCUUACCGUGUUACUACAUUUUUAGGAGCUUGAGACAGCCCAAGGCUUAUGGAGUAAAAAAUUUUCCUAUGAAUUCUAACCACAACAAAAUGCCAUGAUAACAUAUAUUGUUUGCAAAAAAAAUGUCCAUGAUGAAAAGUAGAAUAAGUCCAGUACCGGUAUUAAUUUUCCAUCAGAAUUAUAUCAAGGGUUGGCAUUUUUUAAUUAGCCAUCAACCCUAGUUAAGACCAAAGCCAUUUAUAACAUUAGAUUAAUGCUGACUGUGAAAGUGUUCUAAGAACAAUUUUUUUCAUUUUCCUAGAGAUCUGAUUUCCUCUGAUUCCAUCCUUGAUGAGCUAUAUCCUGGAGACCAUGGCAACGACUCACCUAACUUGGCUAACCAUUUUGAGCUGAAGAAACAUGGGUAAUUUUUUUCAUUUUCUGUCAUUUAUUUUUGUGUCUAGAAUUUAUCAAUAUUAUAAGAUCGUAAAUGUAAAAAAAGCCCACUUUUUUUUUUACUCUUAACAAGAGCUUAUUUAUUAAUAUUUCAUUAGAUUAUUUUGAAACCAUAGAUUUAAAUAUGAAUUUGUGAUUCAUCCCAGGCUUCAAGAUCUUUCCACAUACAUCCCUCUCAUUGGUCGACCUUACCUUUGGUGUCAGUGGAUGGGAGGUUUGCAGUUCCUUAAGAAAGAUAUGAACAAUAUAGAGGAGACAGUAGCUGGAGACGAAAGUGCUGGCAUUGCAAAACUUUCAGCAGUCAGAGCUCGGCACAGCAUCAGUGCCGCCAAUAUGCAGAAGACAAUUUUGCUGCUUGGCGAAAGAAUAGAUGCAAGAAUAAGCCUUUUACAGCAGCUUUCGUCCUUGGGUCAGUUUGAAGUCAGAAAAUUAAUUCAUACUAACUACAGUGCAUUAACAACCUUUCAUUUUUAAUUUCUACAUUCACCUGCAAAUAAACAUUUCAAAAUCAUUCAUUCAAAAUAAAAAAAUUGAUUUGGCAUGGGUAAUUUAAAACAAUUAUUUAUAUGACUUUAAUUGUUUGUCAAGUUCAAUAAUGUCAUCCAUUUAAUACUGUGAAGAAAUUAGACAAGUUUGCUUUUUAACCUGUAUAAUUGAGAAUUAAUUAUCCAGUUUAACCCUCGAACUGUGGUCGGCCGACGAAAUCAGCCGAUAUUCUCGUUCUGUGCUGUGGCGGCCGAAAAAAUCGGCCGAUAAAAAACAGGGUCCGAUAGCAACUUCCAAUCCAAUAUUUAACCGAAAUCAUAGCCACUUCCUUUAAUUAAUAAUCAAAUCAACUUCCGGGUCAAGCUGUUUCUUGAUAACUUUACAAGAAAUACUUUUUAAUAGGAAUUUUAUAUCGCUGGUUUUUUUUAAAGCUAAAAUGGCGGAAGCUUGGGCCGGGCCUUCAGUACGAGAACUAAUAUAAAUAUUUUUUAAAGCUUUUUAGGAGAGGAUUUAAGUGAUACUGAUGAUGAUUUUAACAUUCCCCAUGACAUCUCACUUCAGAUUCUUCUUUUCGUGAAUCUGAUACUAGUCUUAGUGAUAGUAAAAGUAGGCCUACUGAGGCUAUUGUUUGACUUCGAGCCAGGCCCAGAUGUUGAGCAAGGACUGACUGAAUUUUAGUCACAGAAGCUACAGAUUAUAGAUAGGAACUAAUAUAUUUUAUAGUUUAACAACCCAAAUCAGUUCCACAGUUCAUUUUUAAAUGUUUGCUAGUCAAUAAUAACUAUUUUGCCUGAGAUUUUUUAAUUUUGUACUGGUACUUGGUUUUAGCUGUGGUCCCAAUUUCUUAUGUAAAUGACUUAAAAUUACUAAAAUUGCUUUCAGAGGUUUAAUUGUUAUCAAAACCUUAAAAAACUAUACAUUUUCUGAAAGAUAAAUGAAUUGCUUACAACAUUUAGAUUUGUGUUUUAAGUGUAUCUAUAAAAAUUAAUGAUGUUGUGAGUACUUGAAAGCAAGACAUUUUGUCGAUUUUUUUUUCUUGAGCACUCCAAGGUCAAGGACACUGACCAAAAUAUUUUUAAUGGGCUGGUCAAUAUUUCCAACUUUAUCCCCAUCCAUUUACCUUUCUAAAAAAUAUAUACUUAUAGGGGUCUUGCAUCAAUAUUUCUAUAUCAUUUAAUGCAAUUUCAAAAGGCACUCAAAAAGCUCUGAAAAGCUCCACACCACAGAAUGAUGCAUGCCACAGUUCGAGAGUUAAACUUAAAAAUAAAAAACAAUAUUUUUUACUGCUAAAAAAAAACACAAAAUAAAAUAAUGUUUUGGGUAAUUAUUGGCUAUCAUAGAUGCUAAGAAAAAUUUCUUAAAUACCGGUAUUUAAUGCUUGUAUGUCAAUCUUCUAUCGCCUUUAACAAUGGUUAAACCGUUGUUUCGUUUGCUCACAGAGAGAAGCAUAAUUCCAGUGUCUGCAGAUUCUGUGAAAAUGUUCCCUGCCAAAAUAAAUGCCCAAUUGUCCGUGUGGCGACGCUCUACCUUUGAGGAUCUUCAAAGUUUACCUCAAGCUGAGAAGUUUAUAAAGGCAGGCCUGGUCAGCUCUUCUGACAUGAUCUUCUUGGCCAUCAUAGACAGAGGAUCAGGUAAAAGUCUUAUAAUUUCUUAAAAGAUAUUUAACUGUAAGGAUUUUGUACCUUUAAACAUCCAGUGCCUAAAUUUCUAGAAUCAUAUUUCUUCCCAAAAUAAAUUAUACCAACGAACCACUUAGAAGUCUAUAGGAGAAGAAUUGGCACACAGAAAUUGUCAAGCUUUGUUGCCUGACAUGAACUUAAAUAACUGGGUAGCUAAAACACCAUUAGAACAACUAUAUAAUGUUACGAUUACAUAAAUUUUAGUGUGCUCGUUUAGUUUUUGUUAUCAACUGUGCUUUGAAUUCACCUGCAUGAUGUGAUACAAAAUAAUGUAAUGUGAUGAUACUUCUGUUCCCGUUUUAUAUAUGCGGUGGCUGAUGUUAGUGCCUGGCCAGCUGGGUCUGUGUAUUGAUAAAAUUCUUGUUAUCUACCACUCAAACUCAAAGACAUUCCUGUGACGGUUCAACUUGAUAGUUGAUAUAAUACAAGAGAAGGAGUGGCCAUCUUUUAUAAAAAGAAAAAAAAAAAAAGCAAUUAAUUUAAAUUUCUCAAAGGAUUCAUUCAUCAUAGUGUACUGUAUUGUUUAGCGACUGGGUCUUCCAAAUAUUUUCAAUCUCCUGGUGCAGUCUGUGUAGCUUAUUGGAUAAUUUAUCUUGUUUUCUGCCUUUUUAGCAAAGAUGACAGCAUACGUUGUUCUUACUGCUGACUGCCCACAAGUUGCACCAAUCAUCAUAGUGGAUAUUAUGUGGCAGUUCCAGAGGACAGCUCUUAAUGAUGUAUACGUUAUGGUAAACAAAAUUAAUUCGACCUCCCCUCUGAACUCACCCUGCCAAUCAUUUCUUAUUUAUUUAGACUUGGAAGUCUUUUAUGAAUUUUUUAAUAGGCUAUUAUAAGAGAUAUAACAGUCGUUAAGGCUAUAAGAGAUCUAAUAAUCUUUAAGGCCAUAAGCGAUAUAACAAUCUUUAAGGCUAUAAGAGAUAUAACAAUCUUUAAUUACUUUAAAUGUGUUGUUUUUUCUUUUAUAAAUCUUGUCAUGAAUUUGAUGUCAGGAAAUGGAGGAGGAGGUCAAUUUGCACUUUCAUGAACUCAUCAUUGGCAAGUCACGCAAACAGCUGCUUCCCAACCAGUUGCAAAGACUCCUCAUGUGUUUUGAUGUUUACUUGGAGACAGACACCCCAGCAUCUUCUCUGGUGCCAGUGGAGAUACCUAAGGAGAAAGUAAUACCCAGGACAAGCAGGUAAAAAAAAGGAUAAAUUAUUUGAGUCAAUAACAAACUUUGUAAUAAAAUAGUAAUUGGUCCCUGGAAUAGUAAUCGGUCCCUGGAACUAUUUACCUGAAAUCUUGCAGUAUGAUAACAUAAAGUGGUCUUUUUAAAUUAAAUAGUAACAAAGUAUUACCUGUAUAUUAACACUGCAUCAGUUACAGUUAUACCAAUCACUGUUUACAGAGUUUAAUAUCAGUUUUAAGAUGCUGUUAGAGAUUUCUCAGCUUUUAAUGAGGUAUAUUUGUUGCUUUCUGUGUGGGGAAACUCUUGUUUUAUUGAUAACACUGGUCAACAAAUCUUUACAAAAGUCUUAUCAGUUUUUAUGUGCUCAACAUAAAUGUGACAAUAUAACAAUAUGACAGUCAAAUGGAGAAAGUUGCUCUAGUUUUGUUGUAAUCUGAAAUAAAUAAAUGUUAACAUCACCAAAUGCAUGUCAAAAGCAUGCCUUUGGUUAAUAGCUGUAAAAAAAAUCAAGUCAUAGACUACUUCUAAGAUUUCUUCACCUGUCUCUUGUACAGCUGUUCAGCAGUAGUCAGCCAGCAUUGUAGUGAACCAUUGUGUCCAGCAGUUGUCAGCCAGCAUUGUAGUGAACCAUUGUGUCCAGCAGUUGUCAGCCAGCAUUGUAGUCGACCAUUGUGUCCAGCAGUAGUCAGCCAGCAUUGUAGUGAACCAUUGUGUCCAGCAGUUGUCAGCCAGCAUUGUAGUGGACCAUUGUGUCCAGCAGUAGUCAGCCAGCAUUGUAGUUGACUAUUGUGUCCAGCAGUAGUCAGCCAGAAUUGUAGUGGACCAUUGUGUCCAGCAGUAGACAGCCAGCAUUGUAGUGGACCAUUUCCCCUGGUAUCUUUGUUCCAUUGUUGCUAUAUCUUGAUGAAAACGUUUGUCGUGUUCAUCACUAACCGUACCACAUUUGCUGUGGUCCAGUUGGGACUGAAGGAAUUGGAUCUUUAGAGACUUAUUCAACUUAUUGCAGCAAAGUUUCUGAUGCUGUAUCAGCAUGUCUUCUACUAGAUCAUUGUAGUUUUCUGCGCUAACAUUCCCAAGAAAGUUUGUAGACACUAGGCGAAAUGCAUUCCAUGCUUAUUUCUCAUCACCCUGCAGCAAAUAGUUGAACCGGUCACAUUUGACAAGCUCUCGAAUCUGAGAACCCACAAAAACUCACCUCUUUAAUCUUUGCUUCGCCGAGUUUGGGGAAUUUUUCUUGCAGUUAUCUGAAAGCUGUUGAAGUCCAGUCUAUGGCUUUCACUAAGUUCUUCAUCAAACUUAGUUUGAUGUGGAGUGGUGGUAGCAGGAUUUUGUUAGCCUCGACCAGAGGGCUGCUGGAUAUUCUUCUCUCCAACUGCUACAUUUUGUAACGAGUCCAUUCCUUUCCGCAAGUAGUGCAAUUCCCUAGCCAGGCUAUCCCACUCACAUAAGAAACUCAUGUAUUUUGUAUAUCCCUGCUGCGGUCCCAUGAAAAGGACAAAUACCUUUAAAUCACCACAGAGGUGCCAGCUGUACUUGUUAUACUCAAUGGAAUUCAGUGGCUGCUUUAAGUUGUCAUAUGUCUCUUUCAUGUGGACAGCAUGCUCUACUGGAAUAGAUGGAAAAUGGUAUCCAUUGUGCAAAACCACAACCUUAAAACUCAGAUUUAAAGAAUCUACAAAAUAGUCUCCAUUCUUGUGGGUCAUAAGUGAUUUUUAAGGCAUUCAUAAGGCCCUCAAUAUCGGAACAGAAUACCAGAUUACUUUCCUUACUGAAGAAAGGCUCCAACUGCUGGUGGCGCUUUCAAUAUAAAGUUAUUGUAACUUUUUCUUCUAGAAGAUUCCAUUGUUGUAGUCUUGAACCUAGCAAUUCUGCCUUUUUCUUGGAUAAGUCCAAAUCGCAACCCCGGUCAUUUAGUGCUUCCCGUGUUAGUCUGUGUGGGGUUGAUGAUGCACCACAGCAAAAAUCUCCAAUACUAAAUGCUGAUGGACCAGGAGAAGAACAGGUUGGCUCACCCUUGUCCUCAUCAGAUGAAUCAAGAGAAUAUUCUGCUGGAGGUUCUGGAACAGGAAGACCCUCACCAUGGGGAACUGGUCUGUGUGCAGACGGAAUGUUUGGGUAGAUUAUUCUCGACUUCUUUUGCUUUGUCACUCAGCCAAAAAGAGUAAGAACAAAGCAGAAUUAACAGUCAUUUAUGUGGUUACUUGGCUCUCUCUCCACACAAUAGAGACUGCAAAUGGCUUUGAUUUAGGAUAUUCUUGCAUUCCUACUAGAUACAUUUACACGGUGAAACAUAGAAAAUGAACUACCGUUUAUUAAAAAUCUUCAAAACGAGAGACAAUGAAAAAAACAUUUCAGGGUUAUAUUCGUGUUCACCACACCAAGAUGCUACAUAUUAGGGCAUUUUUAAGUCAGUAACGAUUUCAAUGUUGACCAGUGUAAUAAGAAUUAAAGUAGAUCUAUGCAUAUGAAUAGUCAGAAGAGCAAAUGAAACCCUUUUAAAAAAAAUGCUGUUCUAUUUCUUUCGAUUAACAUUAUGUCAUUUGCAAACUAUUUCUCUCAACAGGGGUCCGGCUCGUUCCAAGCCCUACAAAUAUGUUCCAGAACUUGGUAUAUUCACACACAGAUGUUAUAAUUAAGUGAAUGUCAUCAUGUGUUCAUGUCUCUAGAAAAAAACACAAAGUUAACAUUUUAGAGUUCUCUAGGUUCCUAUUUUUUAUAUGAUCGAUAGAUAAAGGCAAACAGAAAAAGCUAAUUAUGUUAAAAAAGCAAACUGCAUUUCUUAAAAUCCCAUUUGUAUUCUUUGUUUCACAUUUGUAACAAUCUUUCCCAGCUUCUCCACCUGGCACAAGAAAAAACUCAUGAUAUUUAAGUGGAAUUUAUAAUUCCAAACAGUCAAUUAUUUUAUCUAAAUUUAACUUAAUUUAUUAUUUUAAAAAAAAGAGAAUUUCUGAUAGCAACCUCCAGUUCCCCUUAUUGUACAAUUACACAAAAAGCUCUCAUUCUAUUUUGUGUUUUUGUGGUUUUUUUUUUACAAAUGUCUUAACUCCCGCUUGAGGUUACAUUAUCAUUUUUCUUUUUUUUUUUUUUACUGUAGAAUAUGACUGUUAUUAGUGUUAUAUUUUAAAAAAAAGAGAAUUUCUGAUAGCAACCUCCAGUUCCCCUUAUUGUACGAUUACACAAAAAGCUCUCAUUCUAUUUUGUGUUUUUGUGGUUUUUUUUUUUACAAAUGUCUUAACUCCCGCUUGAGGUUACAUUAUCAUUUUUCUUUUUUUUUUUUUUUACUGUAGAAGAUGACUGUUAUUAGUGUUAUCAUCCACACAAUAAAAAUAUAUGAAACAGGGUUUGGGAAAACUUGAAAAGAAUGACACAACGAAGCAACAAUUGUGUUGGCCAGAAGAAUCCUUUAGCAAACAAACAACGAGUAACACAAAAAUGAAAAUUUCAGCUAAUUGCUUAUUUUUAUAUCGGUAUCACUUGUUAGUUCUCUGAAGAAGGCUUCUUUGCAAACACAGACGUUGCUUUGUUUCCUCCUUUUUUUUUAGGUUUUCCCAUAAUUUGUUUCACCCAUUUCCUUCUACUUCUACCUAAACUUGAUUGCAGUCUCACCCCACUUAUUAUAUACAAAAAAUCAAUGCUAGCAGUUAUUUUUUAAUGAAAAUAAACAUAAAUAUAAUGAGAAGUCCUUUUUUUAUUUUUAUCAUUGGUUUUUGGAAUUUAAUUACUACUGUUUCAUUGUUAGGGCAACCUCUAAACCUUAAAAUCUGAAUCGUUAAUGGUGUCCAUUCUAUGGGGGUAAGAUAACCAAGGAAAAAAAAAAUUUAUUUUCGGAGAGAAAAGAGCAUAAUGGGUUGGUGCGUAUGAUUUCCGCUUUUAUAUCAUUUGUGGUUGUCAUGGUUUGGCUGAGUAAACAUGGAUCGAAUGACAUCACCAAGAAUUGAGAGGAAAGAAAUUAUUCAGAAUAAAAGCAUACAUUUUAUUCUAAAAACUC